GAAACACGAGGAAGUAUACCAGUUUGCAAUGCUAUAUUUGUGCAGCUCUUGUCAUUGUGUUGUAAAAGUUUAUGCUAAUGAAGAUAGAAAUGGAUGGAGACAUUAUCAACGACUCAACAACGGCUGACCAUGCCAUGAAGCAGACAAAGAUUUCACGUAGAGACACUUCGAUGCAGCCAAGGAUCGACGGCGAAGUGAUCGCGGAUGGUGCGUUAGGCGAUGAUGAACGGACUGAAACCGAGUCAUUGGAUCGAGAAGGUAAACAAAUCCUCGGCUGUUCGCCCCUUCGGGAGCCCCUCAGAGGGACGAUUUGUGAUGAAAACCUAGGGGCGAUGGAGACGAAUUAUGAUAACCCACCAUCCCCUACGGACGACAGUAAAAGUUUAAAUAACUCUCACUCAAGUAAUGAAGGUGGCUUGACUGGCAACGAGAGUGGACCGGGGAAGAAAAAGAGGCGUCGUCGUGGGAAGCAUAAGGGGGGAAAACAUCACCGGAAAUACAAGCCUUACCAUAAACUUUCUUGGUCGGAGAGGAAAGAAGUUGACGACAGAGAGACAAAACGUGCCAACUUAAAGCGAGAGGCAGCUUUCAAAUCCGGCCAUCCCGUUGCACCCUAUAAUACCACCCAGUUUCUGAUGGAAGAUCACAGUAAAAACGAGGGCAUUUCACCCAGCCUGAAACUAGACGACAAAACCGAUGACCUUCCCGCAGCAAAAGAGAACAGACUGUCUAAAGAUAGUUCACACUGUUCCGGGGGUAGUGCUGGAGAUUCAGAGGAUGAGUAUCUUUAUGAUUCCUCCAAUGAUGAGGAGCAGUUUUUAGCUAAAGACUUUUCAGAGACGUAUGACAGCAUUCAUGUGGAGCGAUUACAGAAAAUGACAAAAGAUGAACUUGUGAAAGACUAUCUGGAACUUGAAGCUAGGGUUGAGAACUUAGAGAAAAAGUUAAAAGAUUCAGAUACGCAAGGUGUAGUUUUAAAUAACAACUUGACAGAUGUGCAUAAUGGUGUGUGUGGUGAAGAGCAUAGACAUGAUGUGAGUGAUGUUAACAGGACAGCUAAUCAGUCUAUGGAAGUGGAUUCCGUGUUUCGUGCCUAGCCCAAAUAGCUAUGUGCUAGCAAACUUCAACCGAGGAAUUUAGAAAUCUACAGGAGAAAGGUUUCUGACAUUGAUGCAGCAGAUCAAGUAUUAAUUUUUAAAUAAAUGCUUGUGCAGUGCUCAGUUGGUGCAGCCAGUGUUUGGCUAUGGGACAGUCCAUGUGACAGAAGGGGUGAUGACUGCCUGUUUUACCUGGGUGUAAACAACCAGUCCAUGUUAUUAUUGUCUUCAGGUCUGAUAUCGGAUACAGAAAUCCGUUGAACACAUUUUGUACAUGUUUGAUUAAUUAUUGUUAAAAUUAUCAGAUCUCUUCCACUAACGCAUGCCAAACUUAUGCCCUUCGCACCAUGUAAAGGUAUCUGUUUCAACUACAAUCUGACUUUUAGAGGAGCAUUUAAAUAUGAUUUGCCAUAGCAGAAACAAUAUAUCGAUUGUCUGACUAUCAGUGACAGAACUGUAACAGAGACAAUUCUUCAGUUCAGCAGAUGAAGACUUUCAAGUUUGAAGACGAAGAAGUUCAGUAUCUCAGCAGAUUAUUUCUGAAGACUUCGCUUGUUUUUGAAUGUUUCAAUUGACUGUUGGUUAGGCAGGCUUCAUUUUGACUCCUUGGUAUAUGUGAAAUAUGGACCAUUUGUACAACAUGGGUACCCUGAUGAUAGUACCUGCCAAAGGCAGCUUUGGAAAAGGAAAGAAUUGUUGGGAAACAAAAUAAAGAGCGAAAUCUGCAAAGAGCACAGUAUACAGCAUUAUGUUUUUAUUUUUUUGGGGGGAAUGUAAUGAAGUUAUACUUUCAUGAUGGCAUUUACAUUUAUGGCACAAUUUUUCAGGAUCUAUUUUGUUACUUGUUAAAAAGAGAAACUUUAUUUUUAUACAUAUGGAUUCAAAACGAAAAGAGAAAAAAAAGGAGAAAAUAGCCUUUAUUUGUGAACCAAACCGGGCGUCUUUCCUUUUUCAAGCCAUGUAUUUCUUACAUGACGUCAAUUUUUACGUGUGAAAAUGCUGAGUUAUAGCAUUUUUAUGAUUAAAUUGUUGUUUGUCAUAUCUAUGCCAGUGUUCAUUGUUGGAUUGCCAGAGGCAUUAUAAUAUGCAAAUGUUCAUCACGGUGUAAUUAUGUAUUUGCAUGAAGUUUA